UCACAUAUCAUUCCUAAAAAAAAAUCUGUUUUCCGUUAUCACGAAACCCCAAACAUUUCUUUCCUGGGAUGCAAAAAACUUGCAUCAGUUUAUAAAUUCUUAACCAAAUCGAUACAAAUAUGGGGUGUAUAGCAGUAUUCAGACCCGUAAUCCUCACUCAUCCAUACCGUAACUCCCCCAAUUUCACUUCCCUUUCGGUUUCCCCCAACUCGCAUAAUUCGUCUACUUGUGGUUGUCGAAUCGCCACCAGUGUUCGACAUUCGGGUUUCCGUAAACACGAUCAUAAUCAGCUCAACUGCUAUAAUCAAUACAACCCCUCAUCAUCAUCAUCUAUGGAGAAUGAACAUGAGCCCCCUCAAGAUGCUAUCCUCAAGGUCAUUUCAGAUAUUUCAAGGGCGGAAGGGAGGAUUGGAAGAACUUCCACCAUGAUUCUUGGAGGAACAAUGAGUGAUGAUUCAACCUAUGAUAGGCUCAGUCUGACUAAAAUGUCAAACAUCUACCCUGCUUCUCGAGGAUUUACAGCCAUUGGAUCCGGAGGUGAUGAUUUUGUGCAAUCUAUGGUAGUUGCUGUUGAGUCAGUAGUUCAGCAUCCAAUCCCGCAAGGCAAGGUGAAGCAGAAACUAUCAUCAGGUGGGAAAUAUGUAUCCGUCAACAUUGGACCUGUUCAAAUUGUUUCUAGCAAACAGGUUCAAGCUGUAUACUAUGCUAUGAAGAGGGAUAAUCGAAUGAGAUAUUUCCUGUAGUCGUUAUAUGAUUUAUAUCCAUUAUUUUGGUUUGGUAAUCACGACGAAUACCAAAAUCAGUAACUAGACUACUAAAUUGUUUGUUGCACUUAUACUUGUGUUGCAGAAUGAUCAUCAUAGUUUGUAAAUGUUAUGUUAUAUAUUAGAUUAUAUACAAAAUAUACGGGGGUCA